ACGUGAUUUUAUCCGCCAGAGUGCGCUGAGGAGAUUGAGAAAGACAACACAGUUCAUCAAAUUUUUUGUGAAGAAAAAUUUUUUUAUUUUGAUACUGAUUCUAUAUUUUAAAUAAAAGACAAAUAUCAUCGAAAUGAUUCCAACUUGUUUAAGAACAUGCAGUGGACAGGCGUCUCGAAGAAAUUACGGGAGCUGGAACGAGAUAGCAUCUUUUUUCAAGAAAAAUAAUUAUGCGACAGAGGUAUCUUUUGAGACGAAACCAUUUCGUAUGCAUAAAUUGGACAGUGGUCCAUCGACAAAAGUUUCGGUUACGAAAGAAGAUGCAUUGGCAAUGUAUACACAAUUGCACACAAUUAGGAGGUUAGAAACAGCGGCUGGUAAUCUUUAUAAGGAAAAAAUUGUUCGUGGAUUUUGUCAUUUAUACUCCGGACAGGAAGCUGUCGCAGUUGGUAUUAUGGCAGCUUUGAGAAAAAAUAAAGAUUCAGUUAUAACAGCUUAUCGUGCUCAUGGUUGGACUUAUUUAAUGGGUAUUAGUCCAGCUGCUGUUUUAGCUGAACUUACAGGUAAACAAAGUGGCGCCUCUCAUGGAAAAGGUGGAUCUAUGCAUCUUUAUGCCGAAAGAUUUUAUGGAGGAAAUGGUAUCGUCGGCGCUCAGGUACCUCUUGGUGUAGGAGUUGCGUUUGCUCACAAAUAUAAAAAAGAUGGAGGUGUGUGCGUUGCUCUUUACGGCGAUGGUGCAGCUAAUCAGGGGCAAAUAUUUGAAGUUUAUAAUAUGGCAAAACUUUGGGAUGUUCCUUGCAUUUUUGUUUGUGAAAAUAAUGGCUAUGGAAUGGGAACAAGUGUUGAACGAUCGUCAGCCAGUACUGAAUAUUAUACACGUGGUGACUAUGUUCCUGGAAUUUGGGUUGAUGGUAUGGACGUUUUGGCUGUACGUGAAGCUUCACGAUUUGCAGUUGAACAUUGUACUUCGGGAAAAGGACCAAUUAUCAUGGAGACGGCAACCUAUAGGUACAGUGGACACAGUAUGUCCGAUCCUGGAACGAGUUAUCGUACACGAGAAGAAAUUCAAGAGGUUCGACAAACUCGCGAUCCUAUCACUGGAUUCAAGGACAAAAUUGUCAACGCAAAUCUUGUUUCCGCUGAUGAAUUAAAGAAAGUCGAGACAGAAAUCCGAAAGGAAAUCGACGAAGCUGUUAAAUUAGCGAAAGCAGACAAAGAAGCACCAUUAUCAGAGGUGACAGCCGAUAUUUACGCUGAGAAUUUAGAACCGGAAAUUCGAAAUGUAACGCCAUUCAAUCCAUUGAAACACAAUACAACAAGACGUCCACUCAAUCUUUGAAUGAAAAAAUCAAAAAUCGGUUGAAUGCCGAUUUUUUUUUAAAAAAAGAAUUUUUUUAAUACUGCACCAUUAAUCGUGCAUUCAAUGCGAUUUUUACAAAAAAAAAAGAAUGACAAAAACCACAGAGGAUUUUGUAAUAAUAGCCUUAAUCUAGAUCAAUUAUUAUUAAUCGAAUUUCGAUUUUUUAAUUUCUUGUUGACAAAUAUUUCAAUCACAAAAAUAUUGAAUAAUUUGAAAUUGUGAGUAAAUGUCAAAUUUCAAAAAGUAAUCGAACUUUCGUUGCUUAUAUAUAGUAGAAAAAAUGCAAAACCUCUGCGGAAAUAUGUUCAAGUUUAGCCAAUUCACCGUUAAUUUAUUUUUAAACGAAUUAUUAAAAAAAAAAUUGUGAUUACGAAUACGAUUACUGUAAUAUAUAGAUACGUACUGAAAUUCCAAAACUGAAAUCGAUUCGUGAACACUUUUUUUUUUGUUAAAAAAACAUCUUGAUCUUCUUCGAGAUUAUCCUGUUAAUAUUAUAUAGUUAGCGAAAUAAAAAAAAAAGAAUUCUUAGAGAA